AUGGAUACUAGAAGGAAGCCCUCAAGCAUGGCAGUUGAAUGUUUGGAAAUAUUCCAUGGAAUCGAUCAAACUGCAUUCAGGAUGUUGACACAGGUCCUUAACCGUGAAGUUACACAGUCCUUGAUGGUCAUUGCAUUUCUACUUUCAAUGGAGACCAUGGGUAUGAGCGGUAUUCUACAAACUGCCAUAAAAAAGGAAGGCUGGUUUAUGAAUAGUCUUGCCGAGGAUUGUGUCAUCUGUUUGCAAUGCCUACUAUCUCCCGAGUUCUCAGGGUUUCUGGACAAAUCUAGAAAACUAGAAACCCUCAAACACACGUUGAAAACUGAGCUCACCUUAUACCAAGUUCAUAGGAUGAGAUCCAUCCUCCUAACCAUAAUUCCCGAUACCCUCUCAAAUAUUUUCUCUAGAAUUCUAGGCAACGUAACAAUGGAUGCUGUGUGGUUGGAGUAUCAGAGGAAUCCUACAAGAUUAUUGGGUUUCAACACAUAG